AUGUCAUUUGUUAAAGGUUUAUUUAGUCAUACUAGGAAAUCAAUAGAUUUGACAUCUAAUCCACUUAAUUCAACUAUUCAAAUUCGUACUGCUAAAAAAAGAGUUUCUGGUUCAAGAACCAAUAAUAAAGAUUCAGCCGGUAGAAGAUUAGGACCCAAAAAAAAUGAAGGACAUUUUGUUAAUCCUGGACAAAUCAUUAUGAGACAAAGAGGUAGUAAAAUUCAUCCUGGUGAUAAUGUAAAAAUUGGAAUUGAUCAUACUAUUUUCGCUAUUGAACCAGGUUAUGUAAGAUAUUAUUUUGAUCCUUUCCAUCCAUUAAGAAAAUAUGUUGGAGUUUCUUUGAAAAAAAAUUUAAAAUUACCUCGACCACAUUUUGAACCUAGAUUAAGAAGAUUUGGAUAUAUUGAAAUUAUUGAUCCUAUUGAAGCAAAAAUUGAAGAAUCAAAUCAAUCUAGAAAAGAAAAAUUGGCUCAACCAGAAUUAAAUAAAUUAAAAGAAGCAAAAUUAAUUUCAAAAAAUGAAUUUAUUGAAUCUACUAAAAAAAAUUUAAUUGAAGAAUUUGAUUUUAAUCUGGAUCCGGAAUUAUCAUCAUCAAAGAAAUUGCAAGAUGCAAGUGAAAGAUUAUAUAAUAUUUAUCAGUUACGUGGUAAUGGUCAACUGUUAUCAGAAGCAAGAAUUCAAACUACUUUCAACACUAUUUAUGAUUUGAAAUUACAAAUUAAAAGAAGUAAGAUCAAUAAUGAUGAUAAUGAUGAUAAUGAUGAUUCUUUAUCAAAUUUGAUUAAUGAAACUAAAGAAUUUAUAACCAAAAUAGAUUCAAUGGUUGGAGUUGAACCUAAUGGAAAAAUUUACAAGAAUUUAACUAAACAAGAACAAUCAAAUUUACAACAAGAAAUAAUUUCAAAAUUAAUUACUCUUUAUCAAGAUAAAGCCCUUGAAAAAAAUUAUAGAAUUGAAGUUGAGAAACUUAUUAAUACUCCAGGAGUAUUUGAACCAUUACAAAAACAAGAACUUGUUGAUAAAUAUUUACCAGAAAUAUUACCAAUGGAUUAUCCAGGAUCAAUUAUUGAAAUUGAUACUAUUGAUUCUAAAAAAUUACCUAAAAAUAUUAUUACUCAACGUAUAUUUGAUGAAACAACUAGAAAAGUUAAACUUAUAGGAAGACCAAAAGAAGCUUUUGCUUCAACAUAA